AUGACCCUCCGACUGCUCCUACACUCCAUCCUGGUUACGCAACUGCUCAGAUCAGAACGAGUCGAACGUGGCGGUGGUGGAAGAACUCUCCGUGCAGGGGAUGUUUCAAACUGGGAUGUAAGAGGUGCUCUCAGAUGCAGGACCCCGAAAUGCUACAUAGUGAAGGGAGCCCUGCGGAGGGGACUCUCCAAGGGGGGAACCUCCCCCUCGGUGAACAAACUAAAUGGAUGUACAAUGACUCCUCUGAGGAGUGAACACUGCAGUGGUGACCAGACGAAACGGAACGAACAAUACGAAGCGCACAUUCGAAACGUGCGUGAAGAGCUGCAACGAAUAACCGACAGGGAAGACAAGAUGAGACACCUGAUGAGGGAACAUACAAAUGUUCGUACAGUCAGUUUUGCUGAUCCAGUGGACAGGAAAAGCUUCACCUUAAGGGAUAAGUCAAAGGUGGGUUUUGCAGGGAGGAACUACUUCAUUAACGAGGUCAGGGAGGGAGUCCUCUACAGGUAUGUGGAUCGGUGCAACUCGAAUUUGUACCUAGCUGUGGAUGUAGUAGAAUGUGCAACAAAAGGGGAAAACGAGGCGAUAGGAGAGGAGGGUUGCGGAGUGCAUUCGAGCUGUCCCACCGCUGAGCAGUCUAUCCCUCCGAAGGGACACUCGGGUGAUAGGUCCGACUGGCGAAGCAUCCUUGGAAGGAAGAAGUUUUCCAUCACCAUCGAUGGGUUCAGUGACAACGUGGUCUUGGGUUGCUUCCUGCGGGUUCUUCUAAAGGGUCUUCACAACCUCGACUUGGAACGUUUUCUGAACAUGGGGUUCGAAGGAGUGGUGAAGAAGUUGAGUAGUCUCUACACCAUCCACGUGAAUGGGGAACACAUCGUUGGGCAUGUGAUUGGUAGGGUGAAGCGGUUUCUGGGGAGGCUAUGCAAGGGGGUGCCCAACACAGGGGUGAAUAAGCGCGUGUUAGGAGGUUCACCCCCCCGAGGAAGCAUGCGCAUGUACCAGUACCCACGUGUGGCCCAUAUGCUCAGUGGAGGGGUGGAUUCCCUAAUGGCACUACGCCUCUUGGAAAAGAAAAAAUUUUACGUGCAUAACUUUUUCCUGCACUUUGCACACCAAGACUGUAGCAAGAGUGACCUCCAAUACGUGAAGCAAAUUUGUGCGAAGAGAAAAAACCUUUUCAUUGUUAGCAUAAAUGAGGAGUACACGGAGCAGGUGCUGAUCCCCAUGCUGCGUAGCUACUCAGAGGGGCAAAUCCCUAACGCAGAUAUUCUUUGCAACGAGAAGGUAAAGUAUAAUUUGCUCAUGAGGACAAUGAGGAAGCUGUGCAGGAAGCACGAUAAUGGGUGGGACUACUCCUAUGUGUCUACUGGUCACUACGCCAUGAUAAGCACAAACGAUGAAACGAACGCGAAUAGACUGUUCAGCGGGGACUUCCCCUACGUGGGUGACGACGCAGAUGGGAAAAUUCCGCAGAGGAAUCCGCGUAAGAGGUACAAACUGAUUGUUGGCAGGGAUGAGAAGAAAGAUCAGACCUUCUUUUUAUCCUCCUUUUCGGAGAAACAGUUGUCUAAGUUCCUGUUUCCGCUUUGCUUGCGCAGGAAGAGUGACGUUAAGAGGGUCAUGGAGGAACGGGCUGCUGAACAGUACAACCGGAAGGAGACGCGUGGCCUGUGCCUCUACGGGCGGGUGGACAUGCACUCUCUGCUGGGGCUGUACUUGGGGGGGGGAGGCAUGAGUAAAGUAGAAGUCGAGGGGGAGUCGGAAAAUGGACCAGCCGAGGCAACACCUCCUAUAAAAGACGCUACCACCGCAACCGCUACCCAGAUGGCCCCCAACCUGCAGUGGGCGAAGGACCAACUGCGCUCGCCCGAGUUCCGCGCCUUCCAGGAGAAGCACCUACCCUCAUUCAACCUGCGCUUCAAAAAUUAUAUAAUAAAUGUGGAAGACGGAACUGUGCUGGACACAAAUGAAGGAAUUCACCUGUAUGCCAUUGGGCAGAAAAAGUACCUAACGAAUUAUUUACACCAAUUGUACAACUCGAAAGGGAGAGGUCGGACUUGUGAGAAGAACUACGUAUCCUCAUGUCAGUGGACUGUCGUUUAUAAGAAGAUGUUGAGACGUACCAGUGGGAACGUGAAAGAGAAUUUCAUUUACGUGAGUCGUGAUUACGAGAGUAGGUUGUUUCGGCACCUUCGCAGGCGGUGCAAGUUGGGGGACUUUCGCUGGGUGGCCUCUUCCCCGCCGUCCUACCUAAGGGAGGAAGUGCAGCACGGGGUGAAGGAGGCACGAUCAGCAGUAGGGGAAGGAGCAGAUGCACCGAUGAUCAUGUCGCCUAGAACAAACAAGCUGGGAGGACGAUUCAUCUGCGUCAAAAUACGCAACAGCGAAAAGAUAAAGGAAGCGAAGAUUACCCUGGAGGGCAGGGGGGAAAUGGCGUACCUCACAUUGAAGGAGGAAGACAUAGGACUUUCCCCAGGACAGAUAGUCACCUUCUACCGACCCUUCAUUGUUAAAAGGAAUGGAAAAACCAAAUAUGUGUACUCCCUCAGGAGGGGGAAGGAGGACACGCCCACCUUCUUCCACUGUCUGGGGUCGGCACGAAUUAUAAACCAGUACUUGAACCGGGGGCUUUAUCGACGUCUGAUGGAGAUACACAGGAGGAACAACUUGCCGCUCUGGGGGAGAGACGCACAUAGCGGAAUAAUCAAUUCGGAAGGAGCGCUACAGUCAUGA